AUGAAGAUAAUCAAUUCGGUCGUUAUGGUCAGACUCUAUUAUGGAUUUUUGACCACAUUCUCCAUAGGGCCCUCUUAUCUCUUCCUUCUCCGAGCUCGGGUUAUGGAAGAAGGAACCGAGAAGAAGGUAUCAGCAACAACUGGUUUUAUUACGGGAUAGCUCAUGAUGUUCAUAUCGAUCUAUUAUGCGCCUCUGCAUCUAACAUUGGGUAAACCUCAUACAAUAACUGUUCUAGCUCUAUCAUAUCUUUUGUUUCAUUUCUUCUAGAACAAUCACAAACACUUUUUUGAUUAUGGAUCUACUACCUGAAAUUUAAUGCGCAAUCUCAGCAUUCAAUGUUUUUGUUGGUUGGUUAAUUGGUCACAUUUUAUUCCGAAUAAGUACAUUCGAUCUAAUAAGUACCUUGUGUCAGAAUUGAGAAUUUUUAUGGCUCGAAUCUUUAGCAGAAUACCAUCCCCCAUUCUUACUAAGAAACUGAAAGAAAUCUCAAAAACGGAAGAAGGGAGGACUAAACAGGAACAAGAGGGAUCCACCGAAGAAGAUCCUUCUUCUUCCUUUUUAUCGGAAGAAAAAGAGGAUUCGAACAAAAUCGAUGAAACGGAAGAAAUCUGAGUGAAUGGAAAGGAAAAAACAAAGGAUGAAUUCCACUUUCACUUUACAGAGACAGACUAUAACAAUAUCCCAUUUUAUGAUUAUGAGGAUUCUUAUCUGAAUAUGAAUAGGAAUCAAGAAAAUUGGAAAUUAAAAGAUAAAAAAGCUGCUAAAAGAAAGGAACUCUUCCGCUUUGAAAAAACUCUUGUAACUACUCUUUUCAAUUAUAACUAA